UCAUUUUAACCAAUAAAAAAGUGAUUGUAACUAUCAGUUUCUGUGGUUAUUUUAAUAACAAAUGUCGAGAGCGCAUCAAUGUAUUGCGUGAGAACAAAACUCUCAGCUCCACUUAAUGCUGGGUUCUUUAGGAAACAAGGUUAUCUUUCCCUCACAACCAAAAACACACUUCUUUAGUGACAUUGUUGAUUUCCAGUCCUGUGACCUCUGCAGCGCUGCCAACGACUUCCGUAAACCCGAACGCGCGUUGAUAGGCAUGCCCUUGCUCUCUCGCUCAGGUCCAAGUGUGCGCGCGCCCUUCCGGGAGAAGUGCCCAUACAAGGAAUUCCGCCCCCGUUGAUGUCACUCAGACUGAUGCUUGAAAAAAAAAUAUGUGAAACCUGUGACUAUUUGGAAGAAAAUUUUUGGAACAUAAAUACUCCGUCAUACGUCCAACUCGUGUUUUGAAACUUUGGCCAUGUUUAGCAUGAGAAUCCAACUCUUUAACAAUGUAAAUAAGUCAGAAUACAUGAAAUAGCAUUAUUAAAGUGGGGGAUCAGUGGGCUUGCUGCUGUUGAAUAUCUAAGUAAGAGACGUCCUCUGUCCCAGACGAAGGAUAAAAUACUAUGUGGAGGACACAAAAUAAUUAAGAUUAAGAUUAGACCUUAGUUCAGUUAAUAUAUCUAAGUAGCUUUUAUAUAUUUCACAAGAAAAGAAAAAAACAUUCCUGGUGUGCAUCUUGAGACAAAAAAAUGGCACUGGGAUAUUUUAAGAUCUGCCUUGUCUGUGAAACCAGGGGAUAAUAUGGACACAUGGUUAACCUAUGAACCUAACUCAUAUUUAAACUACUAUCGCAUAUACUUACAAGUACAAUUUUGGCUGUUAUUUGUGCCCCCUUCAAGAAAUUUUGUUUAUUGUCCUCCCAAAUGUUAGAUGACAUUUAAGCCCAUGAUUCUAACUACUUAAUGUUUAUUUCAGACCAGAGGUGGAUGUGAAAGAGAAAAGACAAAUAUGAAAUUUCAAAGGUGAUGACCCUGUAGUUUGUUUCAGACUGUUUCCAAAAAAAAAAAAAAAAGUAUUUAAUGCGCAAAUGUAAAUAUCUCUGACAUUACUAUAAUGAAUGAACUAAAAAUGGGGAACUUUUGGCUUUUCAGAAGCUGCAUUAAACAGCUUCUUUUUAAUGCAGAUUGAACAAAAAUACAGAGAUCACAGUUCACACCUGCAGUGAAACUCCUCCCACAACAAUUCACCAAUAAAUAUGGGAAUAUUCACACCAUCCUAGAAGAGAAGGACAAACUCCAGGUGUAGCAGCUGAAAUCUGUGUGACUGUUAAAGAUGGACUUUAUUAAAGAGGAGAUUGAAGACAUGAGUGAUCCAGAACCAUCAGGAAUAAAACAUGAAGAAACUGAGGAACAAAUAGACCAGGUGGAAGUGAGACAGCAAAGAGAAGAACUAAAUGAAGUGGAGGAGGAACAUCAGAACUUUAAAACUCAAAAAACCAAAGCUAAAAAGCCACAUACCUGCACUCAAUGUGGAAAGAGUUUCACAGGAAAAAGAUACCUUAAGACACACAUGAGAUUUCGCACUGGAGAGAAACUGUAUACAUGCACUCAGUGUGGAAAAAGUUUUGUAAUAAAAGGAGACCUUAACACUUAAGAAUUCAUACUGGAGAGAAACCGUAUUCAUAUUCUUCUAUAAUGUACUUAAAGUACUCAAUUUUCGUGCACUAA